AAGUAAGAGGGCGGACAGAGAGGAGAGAACGGGCUGCGUGCAUGUGUGACUGCUGAUUGGCCGAACCGUUACCGCUCUGCCCAUCACGCGCGUGCAACACACAUAUAUUGGGUGCACAGGCUCGCAACUCUCAACAGUUUCCCACUCCGCCGGUACCCCAGAGGGCACGCGCGGCCGAGGAAAGCAUACAACAGCUUGAGAAUCACUGAAAAAAACAGAGUCUAUGGCUUCCCCCGUACACAGCAGCUGCGUGUGGAUGGUGGUUCUGGGCGCGUGUGUGUCGCUGGUGGUUGGAAUGGAGUGCGAGAAGGAGUGUGCACUGUGUGUGUACCGUCUGCUGGGACAGCAGUCCAGUUUCUCCUCCCUGACAUGCUCUCUUGAGUGUGAGGGUGGGUUGGACAGCCAGAAGCUCCGCCUGUGCCAGGACCUCCUAUUGGAGCAUGAAAACCAUAUUCCAAUGAAUCCUGACCCCCAUCAACAGCAAGAGCAGGAAGCAGCUAGUGCCAUGACAGCCGACGAUGAGGACGCAACAUCACCAGAACACCAACUGGCCAAGAAGUACGGCGGCUUCAUGAAGCGCUAUGGUGGUUUCAUGUCUCGUCGCUCAUCCUCUCCAGAGGGGGUACUAGAGGAUCCUGGAAACCAGGAGGAGGAAGAAAAGGUUCGCCUGGAGAUCCUAAAGAUUCUCAAUGAGGCAGCUAAACAUGGUGGCGAGAGGGACGGCCCGGGUGGCGAGGCGGUGAAGAGGUACGGAGGCUUCAUGCGUCGGGCUGAAGGUGGGGUGACACAGGGCGACCUGCUGGAGGCAGUGUUAGGCCGUGGGCUCAAGAAGCGCUAUGGUGGGUUCAUGAGGCGUGUGGGCAGACCUGAGUGGCUGGUGGACAGCAGCAAGAGUGGGGGGGUGUUGAAACGGGUUUGGGAGAACGGUAGCGAGCUACAGAAGAGGUAUGGGGGGUUCAUGGACUAGAACGCCACAGUUAUGACCCUUCACAGCCCCCAUCCCCUCCAACUCCCUCUCUUCAACCAAUCACCUUGUAAUCUAGACUUGCCGCCCUCUCCCCCCUCCUCAGCUUUGUAUAAUGUGCUGCU